AUGGAAACUGCAUAUCCACCAUUAAAUGAAUUAUUCGUAUUUUUGAAUACAACAAUAACACAAAUAUCAAUAUUUUACUCACAUAUACCGGGAUCGGGGAUUCUUUUAAAAUAUAUUAAAAAUUCUCAUCAAAAUGAUCCUUUUAGAACUAUUUUAGAGUUAUUAUUAGUAUUUUUUGCUAUAAUUUAUUUAUUUACUAAAAAAUAUAGAACAGAUAAUUUAAUUGAAUUAACCCCUCAGGAAGUUGAAGAGUUAGUUGACGAGUGGCAACCCGAACCUCUUGUACCUCAACUUUCUGAUGAAGAAAACGAAUUUGAUAAAAUUCCUGUAAUUAAUGGGCCUCAAGGACCGAGAGUUAAAUUAGUUAAUGGAAAACCUUUAUUAAAUAUUUCAAGUUUUGAUUUUUUGGGAUUGUUAUCUCAUGAUUCUAUUAAAGAAAAAGCUAUCAAAACACUCAGAGAAUAUGGUGUUGGAUCCUGUGGUCCACCAGGAUUUUACGGAACAGUUGAUGUACACACUGAAAUUGAAAGGAAGAUUUCAGAUUUUCUUGGAACUGAAGAUACUAUUAUAUAUUCUCAAGGAUUUUCUACAAUAAAUUCAGCUAUACCAUCAUUUUGCAAAAGAGGCGAUAUAAUUGUAGCUGAUGAGGGAUGUAAUUUUUCUAUUCAGAAAGGUUUGCAAAUUUCGAGAUCUAUUAUUAAAUGGUACAAACAUAAUAAUAUGGAAGAUUUAGAAAGAGUUUUACGAAAAAUUAAAGAUGAAGAUAUUGAGACUGGAAGAAGAUUGACAAGAAGGUUUAUUGUUUCUGAAGGACUAUUUGAAAAUUAUGGCGAUAUUACUCCUUUACCUAAUUUGAUUGAAUUAAAGAAAAAAUUUAAAUAUCGUCUAAUUCUUGAUGAAAGUUUAUCCUUUGGUACACUUGGAAAGCGUGGAGCUGGUUUAACUGAUUAUUUUGAUAUUGAUCCCAAUCAAGUUGAUAUGAUUGUUGGAUCAAUGUGUUAUUCAAUAGCUUCAUCUGGAGGAUUUUGUUCUGGAUCAUUUGAAAUCACAGAACAUCAGCGAAUUUCGGGGCCAGCAUAUUGUUAUUCAGCAUCAUUACCAGCGAUGUUAACAGUUGCAGCAACAGAAUCAUUAAAAUUAUUAAAACAAAAUCCACUUUUACUAUCAACACUUAAAUUUAAUACGUUAUUGUUUAAACAAUUAUUACAUAAUAUUAAAUAUUUAUUAUUAAAUGGUUCAGCAGAUUCUCCCGUCAUACAUCUUAGAAUUGACGAAGGAAUCGUUAGAGUUGGUGAUAUAGAAGAUAAAGAAAAAUGUUUGCAAGAUAUUGUUGAUGAGGCUAUGAAUAAUGGAGUCUUAUUGACUAGAGCAAAAUAUAAUAGAACUCAAGAAUUAUUCAGUAUAGAACCUAGUAUUAGAAUCUGUAUUAGUGCCAGUUUUAAUAAGAAAGAAAUUGAAAAAACUGCUUCUGUUAUUAAGAGUGCUGCUACAAAGGUGUUAAAAAAUCGUGUACAUUAAAUAAUAAUUUUACGAUACAUUAUUUCGAAGAGAAAGAAAGCUUAUCAUGAUAUAAUUAUUAAUAAUUUAAUCCUAAUUGAGGAGAUUGACCCAUCAAACUUUUUCGAUCUUUCAAAAAAAAAAAUGAUAGGAAAUACGUUCAAUUUUAUAGAAACAGUUUUAAAACAAUGACUUGAUAGAGUGACAAAAUUGAAUAUAGAACGAUAAGAUUUUUUUUUUUUUAUUGAGAAGGGAUUUGUUAGAUUUAUUAGUGUGGGUAUAUUAAUUAUGAUAUGUAUAAUUAUUUAAAAAUUAGUUUUUAAUAAUUAUGUUAAUUAAAAUUAAUUUAUUCGAAGUGGCAAUUCUGUGGCAUGAAGCCUCCAAUUGAAAAUUUGAUUAUGUAAUGGAAAUGUAUUUACCGCAGCGAUAAAGCGCGCCGUUCGAUUCGUGAGUUCCCGAUCCUAAAG